GCCUAGGUCUGGAUUUGGAGUUGCUGAAUGACCUCUGGUACUUUGAGCUGGAGGCGGGCUGGACUCUGAUUGAUUCGGGCUCUGGGCCGCCCGCUCGACAUGGGCACGCUUCUGCCGUAGAUGCCUGGGGCCGCUUCUGGAUCUUUGGAGGCUAUGGAGGCACAUCAAGUGUCACAUCAAGCGGCUAUUUGAGAGACCUCUGGUUUUUCGAUCCCGAGGCCGGAGAGGAAGUGGACCUUGGCGAGUUCAAGUUCCUCUGGGCCUUCUGCGCGUUACGAACACGCGUGCUUCCUGGACGCUGCUAG